AGCUUGAAGAUUAAAAGUCAGCAGAGUUUCACUGUGGAUAGAAGAGUGAAGAAGAAAUAGACAAAAGAGAGUUUCUCACUGCAGGGAGAAACUGAACGUGCCGAGAACCAAGUCAGGAUGUUUGUUCUGAUCUGGGCAUCUUUCUUUUUGUGUAUAAGAGUCAGCAACGCUGAAACAGGCACAUCACAACAAUGCCCUGGAGAAUACUGCAUCACACUUAGUGAGACAGUAACAGCAGAGGCUGGACUCUGUGUUGUGAUCCCGUGUUCUUUCACUACUGCUGAUGAGUUUACACCCAAACAUAUAGUUUGGUACAAAUGUAAAUAUACAAGAUGUGACUAUGAUGAUGAAAUAAUAUUUCACAGCAACAAAAACAAUAUCCGUGUUCAGUAUGGCUUUGAAGGACGUGUGUCACUCUUAGAGCCUGAUAUAAGACAGAACGACUGCAGCAUCAUCAUUAAUGAUCUCAAAGAGUCGGAUUCUGGAUCGUAUCGGAUCAGAGUUAAUGGUGAACUGAAAAGGAGAGAAGAUGGAUUUGCAUCUAUUCAAAGGACAACUGUCUCAGUUGAAGGUCUUAGUCAGAAACCCAGAGUUAAGAUUCCCACACUGACAGAGGGACAGCAGGCCACACUGACCUGUGUUGCUCCUGGUCUCUGCUCUGGAUCUGUUCCUGAAAUCACCUGGACAUGGAGAGGAGCAGGAGGGACUGAAUCUUACAUUACAGGAAACAUCACUUCUUUCAGGACUAAAAAUCUAACUGCUUUCACACAAAGACACAUUUCAACUCUGAUUUUCAACUCCUCUGCUGAACACCACAACACCGAUGUCACCUGUAAAACCCGCUUCACUGGGGAAAAAAUUACCGAGGGGGGUUCAACUUUAAAAGUAAACUAUGUGAAGGAAGUUAACAUCACAGGGGGCACAAAUGUGAAGGAGGGUGAAACUCUGAACCUGACCUGCAGUGUUGAAAGUUUUCCUCCAUCUCUGAUUAUGUGGUCUAAACUUGGUUCUGAUAUAACCCUGCACAAUGACACUGGAUCAGCCACAUUCUCCAUAAUUAAUGCUACAACUGAACAUUCUGGACAGUACGUCUGUACAGCAAAACAUAUGAACAAUACCCUGCAGGAAAACAUCGAUAUAACAGUGAUGUAUAUAAGGACACCUCAAAUAAUUGGGAAUACAAUCAUAAAGGAGGGAGGUGCUCUGAACCUGACCUGCAGUGUUGAAAGUUUCCCUCCAUCUGUGAUUAUGUGGUCUAAACUUGGUUCUGAUAUAACCCUUCACAAUGACACUGGAUCAGCCACACUCUACAUAAUUAAUGCUACAACUGGACAUUCUGGACAGUACGUCUGUACAGCGAAACACAUGAACAAUACCCUGCAAGAAAACAUCAACAUAACAGUGAUGUAUAUAAGGACACCUCAAAUCACUGGGAAUACAAUCAUAAAGGAGGGAGAUGUUCUGAAUCUGACCUGCAGUGUUGAAAGUUUUCCUCCAGCCCUUAUCAUGUGGAGAGACCUUAGCUCUAAAACAAACAGCAAAGAUAGUGGAGCUUACACUGCCCUGCAUAAUGACAGUGGCUCAGCUACACUUGUCAUCCAGAAUGUGACAGCAAAAGAUUCUGGACAGUACACCUGCACAGCAACACAUCCAGACACAACUGUAACAUCAUCUGUCAGUGUGAUUGUGUCUUGGUUUUCAAAGAUCCAGGAUGGCUCUGGAUGUGUGCUUCAAGCAGACGUUUUGACCUGUGUGUGUAUCAGUGAAGGGUUUCCUUUACCUACCAUCAAAUGGCCACUCCUAGGAAACCACAAAGAGUACGCUAUCAAAACGACUGUGUCAAACCACACAGUCAACAGCACUGUCAGUCUAACUGUAAAAAACUAUGGCAACAGCACUGUUGAAUGUGUGAGCAACAAUGAAAUGGGAGAAGCAAAAAAAAAUCUAAUGAUCCGAAGUGUGUCUGGUACAGCGGCUCACUCAUCGGUUUUGAACGUGGGAUAUUUAGAAAUCAUCAUUGCCUUUUUGAUUGGAGUAGUUCUUUCUGCAGUUGUUUGCUGUUUGAUUAAAAAAUGUUCAAGAAAAAAAACAAAGAAUUCUGGAAAUUUGGAUGAGACUUUGGAGAUGGUAACAAGUCAAGACGAUCCACAGCACAUAUAUGAUGGUCAAGAAACACAAGACAAUCAAUCCGAGCCACAAGAAGAAGUUGAAGAUGAAAGUGUGGCAGCAGAGAAAGACAUGCCUGAAAUCAGCGGUGCUCCGCAAGAAGUGGAGUAUGCAGACAUUGAUUUUUCCCUGUUGAAAAAAAACAACAAGUCAGAGAGAAAGCAAGAAAGCACAAAGACGGAGUAUGCUGAAAUUAAGAAAGCAAUAAAAGACAAACAGGAAGGUGAAAUGGUGAAGGGCGAGGAGGAGGAGAUGAUGACAGAGAUGGACCUGAAACAGUCUGAACCAGAAAAGGAGAAAGAGGAAGACGAGCCAGUGUACUCCACUGUGAAUGAUAUAAUCAACAAAAUUUGAGUUUCAUUGUGGGUUUCCCUCGGAUGAAUGUUCUUUGAUCUGGUGGUUUUGUGUAUGAAUAAUUCCACUUUGAACCAUUUUUCUCACACUGUCAUCUCCACACAUCUGUGUCUUAAAGUAGGGGCUCUGCAAAAUAAGGACUGGAACUUGGACAUAAUUUCCUAAUCCCUCUGUUAUUUUGCUGUCAUGUUUUUGGUUUAAUAACCUUUUCAGGUAACAUUUUAAAUGUUUUAUUGUGCAAGG